AUGGAAGUAGGCCAGUUUUGGAAUCGGGGUUACAAGAUACAAAGCAAUGCCACAUUCAAAGGACGCCUGACGUCGCUUCGUCAAACACCUGAAAAUAACUCAGCUUCGGUAGAGGGUAGUAAGAUCCGCUUCCUACCAUUGAUCCUCAUCAAAGACUUGAUCAAAGCCAACUUCCGCGACCGCAUUCAAUAUGUCAAGUCUGGAAAGAGGACGGUCGCGUUCUGGGAGAAAAGUGGUGUAUUUUAUGUGGCAUGGACAAGAGACCAGGUCGUACCCGUCAGCUUACUGCAUCACCAUCUGCGUGUUAUCCAUCGCUUCUUGAGAUUCAACUACGGACCGCAGUGGUUUAGUCACCUUCAGGGACCCACUUUAUCCCGAACCCAACGGACUUGCUCUUCAUUUUCACUAUCAACAGCCAACAUUGCAAGCUGUCUUUCGCAUUUACCGUUUCUCAUUCACCAUCGUCUUUGUGAAAAAGACAUACUUUGCCAUGUAGAGCAAGUAGAGAUACACGAAGACCUACGAAAUAGACUAACCCGCUGCCUCGAGACAAGCUGUCUCUCCACACUUAUCAGUACUCCAUCACGCCCUCCAACAAAACUCGCCUCCUUCUUCACUCCUCCUAAGCGCACUAUACACGGAAAGCUAUAUACCGGAGACCGCCAUUUUUUAGAUCACCAUGCAUCUGAACACAUGCGCCACUGGACCCAUGCUUUUUUAUUUGCCAAAGAAAAAAUUGUUUCCCACUGCCUCAACCAUGAUCAAGGCAACCAAAAAACUCCAGAUGAUCUUCUAAUGUUUCUACAGCUAUUAGUAGCGCAUUAUCUUGGUGAAAGUCAACCUGAAGACACUGAUAACACAGAAAGUGGUGUAGCACCAAGUCUACCUCAACCGAUCGCAAGGCCACCAAGUCCUGUGAACUCUCUUGAUAAAUUAUCUGUAGCAGGCGGUAGUGCAUCGACAGAAUCAGCUUCAUCACCUCCUCUCUAUACCUCGUCUUCAGCAUCAGAAACACCUAGCCACAAUUCAUCUUUUGCCUAUAUCUCUAACACAACAUCAGCCCCAUUUAAAAUUCGCAAAAAGUCAUCGUCUGCAACUGUGAUGGCUUCUGCGAGCCCAGUUCCAUCGGUAUCCUGGAGUAGUCCUCCUCCAUUGAUCUACAGCCAUCUCCUAUCUCAUCUCCCUAAACACGCUCAGGACUCUCUCUCCUUGGAUGAGUCUCGAAGACCUUUUCGACACGAUUGGUCCAACAGCGACGAAAACAAUCUCCCACGUAAUGCCACUAUCAAACAUCGUGGGAUAUCAUCUUCUGAAAGAAUUUCGACCCAUCAACUCUCUAGUAGCUUUCCUACAGAGACCGAGUUUUUUAUGCACAAACAUGAACUCACUCAAUCGUCCGCUCCCUCUUCACCAAAGGUACAUUCGCGUGCCAAUAGUUUAGCCGAACCAUUAUCAACCAAGGGAUCAGUCAAGAGUCUGUUAGUAACCUUUUUACAAGGCGAAGAAGACAAACCGCCACCUAAUGAGACAUCCGAUGUCGAAGGCAUGCUUGUGUGGCGAUGGAUGAGUACCGGAGACCAUGUAUCACUGUGUUCAAUUUUUGUCACUUGUGUGGGUGAUGGAUUAUGUGCAGUAGUAGUUUCAAAAGAGGAUGACAAUAAGCCCCUUACUCUUCCCAUAAAAUUACCUCGACCGUCAGACUAUGCAUAUGUAGACAAUCUUAAGGCAUUCCGUGCUGCUCUUCAAGAAGAUCUCAAGGACUUCAUGGCAUUUUUGUUGAUCAAGGAAGCCGCACAUUUUACUAUCUUGUCUUUUAUUGCAUCUUAUCCGGGGCUUGUCCAUUUCAUCUAUCUCCAAGAUGGACGAAUGAUUGCACCCCAAUUAGUAGAUCUAGAGUCUCUUGACAAGAACUGUGAAGCUUUGCGUGCAUUGUGCGACGAACAAGGAAAGGCAAACUUCACGUGCAACAAUCCAUGGCGGUGGCCCACGCUUGGCAAAUUAAGGAAGUUGUCAAAGGAAAUGAUGUACUGCGGUCUAGCAUGUAGAGAAGACGAUGUCCAGUACCAAAUGGAGCCAUCGUUAGAAUCCCAUCGGCAGGCUUCUCGCUUUAAUUAUGUUUAUCAACGUGGAUCUAAAGGAGAAGAACUUUUUGGUCUCUACUUUGGCCUUGUCUCUCCUAAUCGAGUAUGGCCUAUGCACCGACGGUUACUCCAGGACAUCAGCCAACGCAUGGUGUAA